GAGAGCUAACUAGGGCCAAACUUAGUCAUGCAGGUAGUAAGAAAUGCUGGGUCUUGGCUUCUGCGGUCCCAGACUUGGCCACGGGCAACCCGGGUCGUAGCCGAGGCCCGAACCGUCCGUACGGGCGCUGGCGAGCUCCAGGACGCGGCGGCCAAGCAGGAAGUUGAAGAGAAGGCUGCAGCUCCGAGCCGCAGCGCCUUCAGCAUUUACCCUCCCAUGCCAGGAGAGGAGAGCCCAUUGAGGUGGGCAGAAAAGAAAUUUGAGGAGAUCCCCAUUGCACACAUUAAAGCGUCCUACAACAAUACACAGAUCCAGGUGGUCUCUGCCACUAACCAGCCUCUUGCCCGUACAUCCUGUGGCACAGAGGGAUUUCGAAAUGCCAAGAAGGGCACGGGCAUCGCAGCACAGACAGCAGGCAUCGCCGCAGCCACGAAAGCUACAGGGAAGGGUGUGACCCACGUCCGAGUUGUGGUGAAAGGCCUGGGGCCAGGGCGCUUGUCUGCCAUCAAGGGACUAACCAUGGGGGGCCUGGAAGUGAUCUCCAUCACAGACAACACCCCCAUCCCACACAACGGCUGCCGCCCCAGGAAGGCUCGGAGGCUGUGAUGGAAAGGAAGCCUGCACUUGAACCUGACCACAAAUCUCAUGUGGACCUUCUAGAAAGUUCACUGUCAGAGCCCUCUCCAGAACACGACUGUUGGAGAUCCUUCAGGCAGUAAGGGGGAGGUUUACUCCUUGCACAGUAGUGUUUGCUCGCGCCUCCAACUAGAAAUGAGUGUCCCCAGAAGUGGGCUUUGCCUCGCUUAGACAUGAGGGGAGCCGCAGGGGCAGCUAUGACCCAAGCUCCAACCACUACUCUGAGAAAUAAAAGAAUAUCUUUAUUAUCUGUC